AUGCUAGCCGCCAACCGUCUUCGAGUUCGCAAAGCAUGCAUCAACUGCAAACGACGCAAAGUGAAAUGUGAUGGAUUGAGACCUUGCCAAAACUGCAUCAAACAUAAUAUGCAUUGCUCGUACCAGCCCGAUUUGCCUCGAAUUCGUAAUACAACAUUUACUUCUAUUUCGUCAGAUCCGAUCCACGAAGCGGAUCUGCGUUGGUCUUCUCCAUGGCAGCGAUACUCACCCCACAAUUAUCGUUUCCAGCGCAGACACCAGAAUUCACUGCCUUACUACUUGGGCUUGGCUUUGAUGAAAUCGUUACCUCAAUCUGUGAUAGAUCAAUGCUCAUUAAGGCCGCCUCGUCUACAAUUUUAUGGCUGGAACAUGUCCGGUGGUCAUUACCUGGAACACCGUCACAUUCAGUUCUCACAGGACUCUGCACAAUGGCAAUGGGAUUUUACUGACCCAAUUCAACGAAAAAUAGUAGAAAAGCUCGCUGGAUUCUAUUUCCAAGAUAUCAAUCAGUUUAUUUCCAUCGUUCACGAACAAGCCUUUUGGCAACAAUUCAAAAACGGGUUUGUCAACCGCGAUCCACAUGGCUCGGCAGAUUUAUUCGAAUCAAUUCUCAAUUUGAUCGUUGCGAUUGCAUUGCGCUUCAGCUACACUAGAGAUAACUGUGACGUGCAAUUGCCAAAUUCAACAACAAAAGCUUCCCCCAGCGAAUGCUUGUCACUUGAUGAAGUCCAAUGGGUCGAGUCUCACGUAAACUUGGAGGAAAGGCUAUUUGAAUUUGCUUACACAGUUACUGACAAGUUAUCUUUUGAGUGGGAGUCUUUCGAGCUUAUUCAGUCCUGGCUUCUUAUAACAUUUUACUUGCGAACCUGCCAUCGCCAAGUCUCUUGCUCGCAGGCUCUUAGUCGCGCCGUGCAAAUAUGCAAUGGCAUGUCCCUGUUUCUGAACAGAUUCCCGGAGCACCAUAACGCUUACGACGAAUGUAGAGCAAGAAAUUGCUACUGGACAUGCUUCGUUAUGGAUCGACUCAUCAACUUUCAGAUGGGUCGCGUUCCGGGGCUCGUCCCUCCUGGUCCAGAAAUGGAAGCCCCAGAUAUUGCAUUCGAUAGUUGGCAAAGCCCAGAAUCAAUUUCUUUGUACAAACUCGCUAUUAUAAUAUCAGACUGCCAAAAACCCCACGGUGAGGAACUACCGCAACGCGAGUAUCAAAGUGCGAAAAAUCGUCUUAUUGAAUGGUAUGACACCGUUGGAACGAGCCUCGGUGAUCAAAAUCUUUGUACGGGACAAGUGAUCUUGAUGUAUUUGGACGUACGGAUAGCUUUGGAGAUAAACGGCCUGUUCUCGUUCCUAGACGUUGAAGAAAGUUGCUCACCUAAUGCUCGGGCUAUAAAGGCGCCCAUGCUUCUCGAUCUUGUUUCUCUGGUUUUGAAUACAGUUGACUCAAUUGUAGCAUCUAAGCUUUAUUUCAGGCCUUGGUGGCUGAAUCUGUCUCUUUUGUUCACCUCGAGUAUCAUCUCUCUGAUUCUGAUUCGCAGUGGGAUUCAGCUGCCACGAGCCAGAUUGUUAUUAGAGCAAAGCUUCAAGACGUGGCAUUAUAUUGAAAACACAAAGCCGCCAAAUCCACCCGAAAUGGCCUCGGAAUGUCUGUGGUGUCUAAAAAUGUUAAAUCAUAUGAUUUGCCAGCAGCUGCAGUUGUCUGCAAGGGAGCUGGAAAGUGUAAUGGGCGUUGAUCACUCGAACGACUCGGUAAACAAUAAUAAAUUCCGGCAGUUUGGUGAAGUGGAAAAAGAGCCAUCAAAGACCGAAUCACGGAGUCUUGAAUUCAGUCCCCCGCUGCCAACCUUGUUGGAGGAUAACAAUGGCGAUCUCCUUGCUCACCUGAAAUGGUUUGAUCAAUGGCUCGACGUAAAUAAUCUCGAUACUCUGCUGUAA